UAAAGGCACCGGGAGGACAUCUGAUUCCUGCUGGUUCGGACUGAAGGACACCGAGGACACCGAGGACACCGAGGACACAUCGAGGACUUCCAGCACCGGAUGCACUUGGCGCAUCGCACCUGUGGAUAACGCGCACGCCCCUGAUGCUCGGACUCGAACCUGUGGCACAGUAGAGAUCCCAUCACGUCCGCUUGACCCCCCGCUGCGCCCCUGUGUGUGUCUGCAGGACAGACGCCAUGCUGUCCCCCCUGUCCCCCCUGUCCCCCCUGGUCCUGGUUCUGUCCCUGCUGGGGGUCUCCGGGUCCUACGUGCCGUGCGCGCCCUGCGACCACAAGGCCCAGUCCAUGUGCCCCCCCCCGGGCCCCCCGGGGUGCCAGCUGGUGAAGGAGCCCGGCUGCGGCUGCUGCCUGACGUGCGCGCUCCCGGAGGGCACGGCGUGCGGCGUGUACACCGGGCCGUGCACGCGCGGGCUCCGGUGUCUCCCGAGGAGCGGAGAGGAGAAGCCCCUGCACGCGCUCCUGCACGGCCGGGGCGCGUGCACGAACGAGAAGAUGUACAAGCUCAUGCACGGGGUCAAAGACGAAGGUCACGGCCUGCUGCCCGUCCCCGAGGCGAUGCUUCCUCAGACCAAGGUGCCCUUAUAUGGCCGGGACCACAUCAGCAGCCGGAAGGCCGUGGCCAUAGAGCAGGCCAAGGUCCGCAAGAACCACCUGGCCCGGCUCGGACCGGUCAGCAACCUGGACUUCUCCCCCCCGAUGAGCCUGGACAAACUGGAGCCCGAGUUCGGUCCCUGCAGGAGAAGACUGGACAACCUCAUCCAGAGCAUGAAGGACACGUCCCGGGUCCUGGCGCUGUCUCUCUACAUCCCCAACUGUGACAAGAAGGGCUUCUUCAAACGCAAACAGUGUAAACCCUCCCGCGGUCGGAAGCGUGGGAUCUGCUGGUGCGUGGACCGGUUCGGUGUGAAGAUCCCCGGCAUCAACUACGCCGGAGGAAACCUGCAGUGCAAGGACCUGGACCUCGGCAGCAGCAACAGCAACGAAUGAGCGCCGCCCCCCCCCCCCCGACCUCUGCUAACAACCUGCCAAUCAAACUCGCACACGUGACGACUGCCCCCCCCCCCCGGACCACCCCCACACAGACGCUCCCGUGUGGUCAGGUGUGCCGGACGGCGUUGAUUUACUUUCUGUUCCGAGGGGAGACGCACUGAGACUGUGUACGAUUCUCUUUAUAUCCAUAGCUCAUAGAGAAGUAUAUAUAUUUGUAUGAUAUAGAUUCCGUGUUGUGUACUUGAGUCUGUCGUGUGUCGCUUAAUUUUGAAAAAUCACGAGACAAGACAUAUUUUUAAAUGUGGCUGAGAAUCGAGUCGGACACUUGGGAGUUUUAUUGCGCGUUUGUUGUGUUGAUGACGAGUGAGUGGGCGUGUCUUCUGAGGUUUGACUCAACCUGAUUCCACUGAGCCAGAUCAGACCAGUUCCACUUCUACUGGACAAUCCGGUUAUAUUAACAGAGAAUGAAUAUAGCAAAUAAAUCCCAGAAUAUCCAUCGAGCUCCAGCUUUGAAUCAAAUAGAAACCACGCCCUCUUCUGUUGUGUGAUUUAUGGAAACGUUGUGUUGUCCCCGGCGACAGAUGAAGUUGUCCAUCGUUCCCAGUGAAGCUUCUUGAAACGUGUCUGUCGGAUUGAAUCCUUCAUAUCAGCAGAUUUACUGUACUGUGACCGCUUCCAUAUUUAAAAGGCCUUUUUUCCCGAGUCCUGAAAACUGCGUCCGCUGUUUGUAAAUGUACCGACAGUGUGUGUGUGUGUGUGUGUGUGUGUGUGUGUGCUCCUGAGUGAGUGUGUGUGCUGUAUGUGCCAUGCCCUAAUAGUUCUCAACUUGAAAAAGCUCUGGUUUCAUUUCCCUUCCACUCAAAUCAUAUGCAAAGGCCCCGUGUUGUGCACGUGUGCGUCCGCCGGGUCCUCGCCGCCGCCGCCACACAGGCAAAUGGCCCCCCCGCUCUCAGGGUUCGCCGGGUCGCCGAGUGUGUAUGUAAAUGUAAAGUGCCUUCUGCCCCACGCCACUUUGAAUUUUUGGAUUUGCAUGCGGGAACGCUCCAGCACCCACAGAGGAAAACCAGGUCAGGUGGUGUGAACGAUCCGAUUGUUUUGGUUUUCAGACGAAGACGAAGAGUCGACAGAGGACGAAGAUUCUUUAGAUUGUUUAUUAGUUGGGUUGAUAACUCGUAUAAUCUCCUCUCUCAAGCUGUAAACAUGUUAAACACGAUGAUCGUUUCAGAAUCUGUUUUAAAAAAAGAUAAAUGUGAACAUUAUGGUGAAAUAUUUAUCAGGCGUGUAAUUGAUGUACUCUGUUUUUUUUGUAAUAACAAAUCACUAUUUAAAUAAAGUUCCUGUACUCACUAAA